AGAUUUCGCAAUAUUCCCAGGCACGGCUUAGAGUACUAAACAAUAACAGCUCUCCGAUGCUUCUGUCCCGUCAACGAAAAGAAGGACACGCUUAUUUGACUAUUUUAGCGGCCGACUUUGAAAAUUCAAACCGCGAGAGAAGACAGAAUCGUGUAAUCACUUGGUUUCUUCCUGUGGCAGCCAGCCUUCCCGUCUCCCAGUUGUAACAAUAUUCUGUCACAUCAAGCACCAGAAUAAGGUCAGCAUCAAAGGUGCAGGUGGGAGAGCGAACGUCAGAGUGGUCAGUAGAUCCAAAUGAGCAAGCGGCUGCAGCAGAAACUAACCAGCACAGAUCAGAGCGGAGUGAGUGUGAUACAGAACCAGGCUCAUAGCAGUGCAUCCAAUUCUGCCGGAGCAACAGCAGGACUGCAGCAGGUACCUGAACUUGUCCCAGUAAGUCCCGAAGGAGGAGGAAAGGCCACGCCCCCCAGCAAGAUGAAGAAACCCAUCCCAGACAAGGACAGCGACGAGUACAGGCAGCGGCGGGAGCGCAACAACCUGGCGGUGAAGAAGAGCCGCAUGCGUAGCAAGCAGAAGGCGCAGGACACGCAGCAGCGCGUCAACGAGCUGAAGGAAGAGAACGAGAGACUGGAGGCCAAGAUCAAGCUCCUCAGCAAGGAACUGAGCGUGCUCAAAGACCUCUUCCUAGAGCACGCACACAACCUGGCAGAUAACGUGCAGCCCCCUGCCGUGGCUGUCGCCCCUGGAGACCUCUGCACCAAUGGCAACAAUAGCAGCAGUGGCAGCAGCAACAACAACAGCAGCCAGUGAGAGUCCAUCGCUAAGGGUUCCUUCACUAUACUGUGGGCCAUGCGGUGGCCAUCUUGUUUAAGCCUUUUUUUAAUUAUUAUUAUUAUUAUUAUUAUUAUUAUUAUUAUUAUUUGAAGUCCCUUUAUCUCCAAACUGUAAAACUUUUAUAAAGCUCAUUUCCAGUUUGGGAAAUGAAACCUUCCCCCAUAUUUCCCAUUUUCCUCGCACUCAAGAAAAACACCUACGUGGUAGAGGUAUCGAAAGGUCUUUUUUGCAGCAAUAUAAACUAUAUUAGUGGUUAUGAUUCUUUCAGACUGCAGUGUGGAUAUUUAAAAGGCAACAGAAUUAUAGGCAUUUUCAGCUGUUGCAUUCAGAAAUGGAAGUUUUGCCCCUAGAGUAUGGAAUUCCUGAGUCGAGGUCAGAUGGGUUUUUUGCCAUUUGGAUUGGAGCCUGGCAUUUGUUCCCAUCUCUGGGUAGGGUAUGAUCUUUCUAACCUUUGUUGUCUGCAAAGGUUUUGCCUGAUGCGGUGUGUAAUAUAAGUAUUGGAGGGAGCAUGAAGAAGCACUAGUACCACUUAUAAAUGCUGAGAGGUAGGAUUUCUAUGUUUGAAAGUUAGUUAAAGGAUCACAGUAAGCCAGUUGGCAACAUUAGAAUGAGUCACUAACCCAGCACAUGUUGUUGUUUGUUAAAGCUUUACAGGCCCAGCUUCAUAGCAAACUUUGGCAGGAUGUCAGAUUCGUAAAUGCAGCAAACAUGCUUGGGCGUGUGCGUACGUCUGUCUGUCUUUAUAUAUAUAUAUAUAU